CGCAGGGCGGCCGAGCGGGGCGAUGGCGACGGGCGGCGGGAAGGCGGCUCGCAGCCAGGCUUCGCUGAGGCGGCGGUUGCAGGGCUCGCAGGAGGCGCAGCACCGGCAAGCGGUGCUGGUGCGGAAGCUGCAGGCGAAGUUGUUGCAGUACCAGACUUGGUGUCGAGAGUUGGAGCAGCAGCUGGAAGCAGGAGGGGGAUCCUUGCCAGGCAGGUGGGAGGCCACUGAAGAGCACAGCCUGGAGAAAGCCUUACUGCACUUGGAAGAGGAGCAGCAAAGGUGUGAGAACCUGGCAGAAGUGAACUCUCUCCUGCGGGCACACCUGGAAGAAGCCAGGGAGGUGAACUCCUCCCUCAAGGAAGACAUUGGGAAGCUGACAGCAGAUUGGAUGAGGGCCCGGGAGGAGCUGGAGCUGAAGGAGAGCGAAUGGCGCAGCGAGCGUGAGCUUUAUGACAGCCAUCUGAGGGGUGAACACAAACGUCUGCUCAGCCUCUGGUGCCAGGUGGUGACCUUCCGGCGCCGCUUCCUGGAGAUGAAGACUGCCACUGACCGGGAUUUGUCAGAGCUGAAGGCAGAACAGAUGAGGAUUUCUGGAGCUAUUCUGGUAAACUGCUCCCACCUGAACACUGGCCUACAGCUCUGGGAGUCACUCACCCUGGGGAGAUCUGUCCUGAAGGAUCAGGCAGAGCAGCCAGAGGGUCAGCCAGUAAAGCAGGAGGUGCAGGAAGUGAUGUGCUUACAAGUGCAGGAGGAUCUGGAGAAGAAGGAGCUCCAGGACAGGGUGGUGGAGCUCUCAGCCUUGCUCGUGCAAUCUGAGCGGCAGAACGAGGAGAAGGAGCAGGCCCUGAGGACACUGAGUGACACCCUGCAGAUUCUGGAAACAAACCAGUCAGAAUUUGAAGCCUCAUUGACUAAAAGUGCCAAAGAGGAGAACCUUUCCCUCCAAAAGCUGAUAAAGGCUAUAACUGAGAUGGUGUUGGAUGGCAGCGGCGACGCUGACGGUUCCCAGCAGGCAGAGUCCAGCAGCAGCUUCCCUUCCUGUCUGAGCUCCCUUGGUGCAGAGCAGGCAUUUGUCCUGGUUCAGGAGGCACUGGCAAAGAGGCAAGGAGCAGCACGGGCCCUAAAGGAAGAGCUCUUUGCCGCCAAGAACUCUGUCAGUGUCCUGCUGCAGCAGCACAGCCAGCAGGAGGAGAAGUGCAGGAAGCUGCAGCAGAGCCUUGAGCAGCUGGAGGAGGAGUGCAGGACAGCCAGCAGCCAACGGCAGCACCUCCAGGCUCUGGUAGAAACGCUCCGGGGUGACUGUGCAAGCCUGGAGAAGAGCAGGGAAGAGCUACAGCAGCAGCUCGAAGCAGCGGUGCUGGAAGCCUCACGCCUGCGUCAGAGCAACACUGAACUGCAGCUGAAGGAGGAUUCAGCCCAGGGGGAGAUGUUGGAGCAGCAACAGACAGUGGAGAGAGCUCAGCGUGACCAGGAGCUCCUGCUGAAGGACUUGGCUGCUCUGGAAGGGAAGCAUUCACUGCUGCAGAGUGAGCUGGUGGCUGCGAGAGAGGCGCUGGAGGAAUCCCAUCUGCAGAGGGACCUGCUGCAGCAGGAGAAACAGGAGCUCACCACGGCGCUGGAAAAGGCUGAGCAGGCAGUAGCAGAGCUGAGAGGGGCUCAGAACAAGCUGAGUGCUGAGAGAGCUGACCUGCAGGUUGCAGCAGCAAAGAUGAGCAGCAUCAGCGAAGCUCUUGCCCAGGACAAGGUGCAGCUGAACAAGCUGGUGCUGCAGCUGGAGCAAGAGAAUGAGCUUCUGUCAGGUAAGGUGGAUGAGCUGGAGAGAGCAAAGAGCUCUGAGCUGGAGAAGCUGGAUUUAUGUGAAAGAAAAGCUGAAGAGCUCAGUGCAGAGAAAGCUCACCUGGAGCAGCUGCUGGAGAAAGCAGAGCAGCAGCAGGAGGGGCUGCAGGUGGAGCUGAGGAUACUGGCAGAGGAGAAGGCAGAGACCCAAGAGAAGUUCAAUCAGGUUUGCCACCAGCAAGAGGUGGCCAGCAGUGGUCUGGAGCAGCUGCGGCAGGAGUCCUGGCGCCAGGGGCAGGCCUUGGCCAAGGUGUCCAAGGAGAAGGAGGUCCUGGUGCGGGAGAAGGCAGCCCUGGAAGUGCGGCUGGCAGCCCUGGAGAGGGACAGACAAGGCCUUGCAGAGCAGCUGGCAGAGGCCAGGUCAGUGAAGGAGGCACUGGAAUCCAGCCUGUUUGAGACUCAGCAGCACUUAUCUCAGCAGGAGAUCACCAAGAGUCAGCUUGAAAUGCAGCUUCACACAGUCACACAGGCCAAGGAGGUGAUACAAGGGGAGGUGAGGCACCUGCAGGCGGAGCUGGACGCGGAGAGGUCUCUGCUGAAGCAGGAGCGGGAGCGCCUGGCACAGCAGCUCCUGCAGGCAGAGCAGCAGCACCACAGCAGCCUCCGGCUCAGGGAAACCGAGCACCGAGUGGAAAGAGACAAACUCCUGCGGCACCUGGAGAGUGAGCAAGAAGGACACCACACAGAGCUGCAGAAGAUGCUGGAGCAGUGGGAAAAGGAGAAGGCAGAGGCAGAGGAGGAGCAUGAGAAGAAGCUGUUUGACAUGAAGCAGGAAGUUGCUACCAUGCAAGCUCAACGAGAAGAAGAGCAAACUAGAGCUGAAAAUGCCAAGCAAGAGGUCCUGCUAGAAAAAGAAAGUGAGAAGCAGGCUUUGCUAGAGACACUUGUGCAGACUCAGCAAGAGCUCAGAGAAGCCUGCCAGCAGCUCCAGCAGCUCCAGCAGGAGGUGAAGGAGCAGCAAGAGAAUGGGCAGAACGUGGCAGAAAAGCUGCAAGCAGAGCUGCAGGAGACUCAGAACAAGAUGAGGGCAGUGGAGAACAGGCACAAGGAAGAACUCAAAUCUGUCAAAGAGGAAGUGAAUAUCCUCCUUCAGCAGAGGGAUGCUCUACAGAAGCAGGUGGAAGAGUUGACAUCUCAGCUGGCAGCCUGUGAAGAGGCCCAGCAAGUGAUUGGCCACAAAGCUCAGCAAGAUCUGAGUGAGGCACAGGAACUGUCAAGGCAGAAGGUGAUGGAGAUUGGGCACCUUCAGAAGAUCCUGAAUGAGAAGAAGAUGCAAUGGGAGGAGGUAGAACAUCAGAACAAGGAGCUGCAAGUGUGCCUGCAGGCUUUGGAGGGAGAAAGGAGUCGGUGGAAAGAAGUGGAGCAUCAGAAUGUAGAAUUCCAGGCUCUGUUGAAGGACCUGGAGAGUGAAAAAGCCAGUCUGACUCUGUCUCUGGAAGAGAAGGAGCUGAGCAUCAGAACCCUGGAAGAAAACAACCUUGCCCAGCUCAGCCAGGUGUCUCAGCUUCUUUCUGCUCUUCAGCAGGCCCAACAGCUCCAUUCAGACCAGAGAACAGAAGUAAAAGACCUCCACACCCAGGUGGAGUCCCUGCAGGGAGCAGUGCUGGAGAGGGAGGCUGCCCUGGCAGCUCGGGAGAAGCAGCUGCUGCAGGCUCUGCACGAGUCCCAGGCUGGAGAACAGUGCCUGAGGGACUCUCUGAGCAGGAUGGAGACAGAGCUGGCUGAGCUGCAUGUGAAGCUUUGUGGCACAGAGGGCAGAGCAAAGGCUUUGGCCACAGAGUGCCAGCUGGCUGAGAGUGCCCACAGUGAAGCCCAGGCCCAGCUGGACAGACUGUGCUCGAGUCUGCAGCGCCUGAGCUCUGACAGCAGAGACCUGCUCACCUGUGCUGCAGAACAGGGGCAUGGCUGGCACGGAGCUGCCACUGCAGAGCUCACAGUGCAGAGAGUCUCAGCAGCCCUCCAAGACCUGCAGCAGCACCUGAAGCAGACCCAGCAGGCUCUGAAUGAUGCCAAGAAGAAGAUAGAGGACUUGGAGGUGGAGCUGAGCAGGAGGCAAGCUGAGAGAGACCACUUCAGUGCCCACAAUCAAGAGCUGCAGAAGCAGUUGGCUCAAAGCCAGAAAGAGGCACAGGUGGCAGAAGACAAGAAGAGCUUUCUCCAGGCUGCCUUGCAGGAGGAGGCUGUUGCUCUAAAGGAGGAAGCUUUGACUCUACACCAAGGAGUGGCAUCUUUGGAAAAGAAACUGGAGAGCACUGAGCAGCAGAGAAGAGAUGUCCUGCACGAACGGGACAGUUUGCAAGCACUGAGAGAGAAACUGGCCUGGGACAUUGAACUUCUUCAGGAGUCAGUGGCAGCCUCUGAAAGCAGAGCAGAUACAGCCACAGACAUGAACCACUGCCUCCAGCACCAGCUCCAGGCUACACUCUCUGUCUUGAACAUGAAAAAUGAGGAGAUGGAAACACUGAGAGGGGAAAUCCAAGUGCUCCACAGACAGGCAGCAGAGGGAAAAGCUUUGCAGGAGAACCUCACUGCUGUCCUGUCAGAGAGGGAGGCAGAAAUGAAGCUGCACCAGGAGCAGGUGAGAAUGCUGGAGAAGCAGAAAGCAGUGCAGCAAAAUGCUCUCCAUCAGGUUAUUAAGGACAUGACAGAGGGAAAACAGAAGACAGAAUCCCAGCAAAAACACAUUGAGGAGCUGGAGAAGCAGCAAGAGGAACAAAGGGUUGCUGUAAGAAAAGUGAGCAAAGAGCUUGAAGAGAGAGACAAAGAGCUCAGAUCCCAGCAAGAGCUGAUAGCAGAGCUGGAGAAGCAGCAAGAGCUGCACAAGACUACAGCCAGCGACAUGAGCAGAGAGCUGCAGGAGAAGGACCAAGAGAUCAGAUCCCAACAGGAACAGAUACAGGACCUGGAGAAGCAGCAGGAAGCACAGAGGACUACUGUCAGCAACAUGAGCAGAGAGCUGGAGCAGAGGGACCAGGAGAUUAGAUCCCAACAGCAGCAGAUACAGGACCUGGAGAAGCAGCAGGAAGCACAGAAGACUGUUGUCAGCAGCAUGAGCAGAGAGCUGGAGCAGAGGGACCAAGAGAUCAGAUCCCAGCAAGCACUGAUAGCAGAGCUGCAGAAGCAGCAAGAGGCUGCCAGCAGCAUGAGCAGAGAGCUGGAGCAGAGGGACCAAGAGAUCAGAUCCCAGCAAGCACUGAUAGCAGAGCUGCAGAAGCAGCAAGAGGCUGCCAGCAACAUGUGCAGAGAGCUGGAGCAGAGGGACCAAGAGAUCAGAUCCCAGCAAGCACUGAUAGCAGAGCUGCAGAAGCAGCAAGAGGCUGCCAGCAACAUGAGCAGAGAGCUGGAGCAGAAGGACCAAGAGAUCAGAUCCCAGCAAGCACUGAUAGCAGAGCUGCAGAAGCAGCAAGAGGCUGCCAGCAACAUGUGCAGAGAGCUGGAGCAGAGGGACCAAGAGAUCAGAUCCCAGCAAGCACUGAUAGCAGAGCUGCAGAAGCAGCAAGAGGCUGCCAGCAACAUGUGCAGAGAGCUGGAGCAGAGGGACCAAGAGAUCAGAUCCCAGCAAGCACUGAUAGCAGAGCUGCAGAAGCAGCAAGAGGCUGCCAGCAACAUGAGCAGAGAGCUGGAGCAGAGGGACCAGGAGGGGAAAAGAAUGAGUCUAGAACAGGAGUGUACAUCACAAGUGAGAAAUCUGCUCGUGGAGCUUGAUGAGCUGAAAGGACACUUGGAGGAGAAAACCACAGAGCUGAUGUCAUUGACUCAGCAGAUGCAAGGCCUGGAAAAGGAGAGGGAACAAGGGGAAGCUCUGCAUGCCAGCCUGCAGCACCUGAGGGCACUUCUGAAGGACAAAGAGCAGCAAUGUGAUGCUCAAAGGGAGCAGCUGAGACUCCUCCAGCAGUGCAAGGAGCAGCAGGAGGGGCACCUGCAGGAGCUUCAGAGUAAAGUGGCAGAGAUGAGCCUCUCCUUAGCUAAAAGAGAUCAAGAGCUUGAACUGCAACAAAAGCAAAUGCAGGAGGCUGAAGAAGUGAUGGAAGUGCAGUUAAAGGCUGUCCAUGAGCAGCUGGAGCAGGCCUUGGAAGCCUUGAAAGAAAAGGACAGAGUCCUAGAAAUCCAAAAGGGGCAGACAUGGAACUCUGAGGGAAAACCAGAGGAGCUCUUUCACAGAGCCUCUGGACACACUAAGCCAGUGCUGACAGAAAAGGAUUUCAUGGCUGAACCUCAGGAGGAGGUGAUGGAGACCUUCCAAGACCAAGAUUCUGAACAACAGAAGGACAUUCUGCAGCAUCUUCAAGGGGCACUGAAGGGACAGGAGCAAGAAAUGCUGUGGCUUAGAAUGCAGGGUGAGGCAUGCAGGGAAGAGGAGGGAAAGCAGGCAGCUGAGCAAGCAAAUCUCCAGGCAGCAAAGGAGACUCCAAAGGACAGAGGGAGAAAGAUCAGUGUGCUGCAGGAGGCUGUGGCCAAACUCCAGCAGCAGCAGGAGGCAGCAGAGGUGCAGGUCAAAGCCAAACUGCAAAUCCUGGAGUCUUCUCUGGAAGCUGGAGACCAAGAGAGAGCUUCCUUGCAGGAGCAGCUCCAGGGCUUUGUGGAGCAGGAGCAGGCAGAAAGCAGGCAGGCCCAGAGGCUGCAGCAGGAGCCAGGCAGGGGAAGCCUCAUGGCAAAGCAGAAUGGUUUGGAGUUCCUCAGGCAGGCAGAGCAAAUGGACAUGUUCCAGCUGUGGGGAGGAGGCACAAGAGGAGCAGUAAUGUGCCAGAAGCAAGUGGAAGGGCUUCAAGCAGUGGUGAGGAAGAGAGAUGAAGACAAUGAAACUCCUAUGCAAAGCCUGCAGUGCCGAGAUGAGCAGGGGAGCUUGCAGGGGAGCUUGCAGGACCUCCAGCUCAGGCUGGCCAAGGAGGAGGAAGAGCUUAGACACCACAGACAGCAGAAGGUCCAGCCUGAGAGGGAAGAAGGGACCAAGGCUCGAGGUGAGCCAAAAGAGAUGGAAGAGGAAGUAGAAGCUCUCCAGGAGCAUCUCCAUCAGGUUGAGCAGAUGCUGACAGAGGAGGAUGAAGAGCUCAGGCAUCAGAGAGGCAGAAUAAGGAGUUUGGAGGAGACGUUGCCAGGGAGAGGAGGAGAGCUUAGGAGGCAGAGUGAACUCCUGAAGCCAUUCAGAGCAGCUUUGCCGUGGGAGAGCCUGCAGAAGGCAGGGCAGAAGCUGCAGCCGUGGGAGGCAGAGCAGAGGAGAGCCGUGCAGGAGGGAGGCAGCCUGCUGGCGAGGCAGCGGCAGCGCAGCCAGGCGCUGGCAGGGCAGCGGGAGGCGGAGGAGCUGCAGCGGCUGCUGGCUGCUUUGGAGCUGACUGGGAGCGGAGGAAUGGAGUGGAAGGAGAAGGCUCAGGCACUGAGUCGUGCCCUAGCCGAGAGUGAGCUGGCCAGUGGCACGCUGAGGGAGGAGGUGGCCAUCCUGCGGGGCAUGGUGUCAGAGAGGGACAAGGACCGCUGCCAGCUGCAGGCUGCUGCAGAGGAGCAGCAUCGUCGCUGGCGCUCGGAGCAGCUCCUGGCGGCGCAGCGCCUGCAGCGCCUGCAGCGAGCCGUGGCUAAGCUGGAGCUGGAGAAGGUGGAGCUGAAGCAGCUCAAUGCCGAGCUCAGGAGCACCCUGGAGCAGGUGGAAAGUGAACGGAGGAGGCUGAAGAGAUGCUGCAGUGCCCAGUCCCUGCCAGCUGCAGGUGCAUUUUCUCUCUCCCAGCCUGACCAGCACAAGAUGCCUGCUGCUAGACAGGAGAAGUGCCCCACACACUGCUGCCAUCGGGGAGCUGAGCUGCAGAGCCAGGUGUCCCUGCUGUGGAGGCAGCUGGCCCAGGAGAGAAAGCACAAGCAGGACUACAUCGAGUGCUGUGCCAGGACCAGCCAGGAACUGUCAGACCUUCACCAGGAGCUCUCCUGCUCCUUAGCAGCUGUGGCCAGGGAGCCCAAAGCUGCUGUGCUGGAGGCAGAGAGCAGGAAGCUGGAUCGGUCUCUGACCGUGAGCCUGGCAGUGAUGUCUCCUGAGAGGCAGCCUCUGCAUUCCACACCCAGGGCCACCAGAGGUGGUGACCUGAGGUGACAGCACCGAGGUGCAGCAAAAGGCAGGGGAAGGAGCCACAUCUGGGAGCUGCUGUGGCCUGGCUGAGGGCAGGAGCUGUGAAGGGAGAGGAAGGCUCAGGGCGCAGCAGCGGCUGCAGACCCCACAGGAGGAGCAGUGCUGGGACAAAGCUGCUGCUGGGAUGGGGUCAGACAGGCCUGGGCAAGCAAAGUCCACCUGCUGGGCAGGCAGAACUCCUCCUUCCAGAGGGUGGCUCAGCUUGGCAGCAGCAGCCCUCACCUUAGGUGGUUGCUGUUGGUUUCUGGCCCGUUGGGUUGGGGUUGUGUCUGCUGAGGCUCUGGUGGCAGGGGAAAGUGGCUGCAGCUGUGGCUCCUGCCAGAAGCUUGGGGAAGGUCUCCCCUGCCUCAGAAUCAGGCUCAGCUCUGGGCAAGGCUGAGCCAGGCAGCACCUCUGGGAUGUUUAAGAGGGAAACCAGAUGUGGUGAUGCUGUUAUUUAGGGAUGGCAUCAGCCUUGGGGAGGAGUGGGACAUGGGGCAGACAAGGAUGUGGGCACCCAGGUGGGUGAGGAAGAGGGUGAGAGCCCUGCUGGAGCAGCCAUUGGCUUGGAGUGAGAUGGACAAGCUGAGCCCCUCCAGCCCUGGGGGGCAGCUGUGGGGUAAAGUCCUGCCUGCAGUGCUGGAGCAGGAGCUGCUGCUGGAGAAAGGACACUGAGGGCCUGCAGAAGGCUCUCCGUGGAGACCUGCUCCAUGGCAGCAGUGCUGCAGCAGGGGGGGCUGGGAUGAUGCCCCUGAGGAGGAAGGAGCAGCAGAAGCAGCAUGGAAUGGCCAGGGGCUGGGGGGCUGCAGGUCCCCUGGGCUGAGCUGUCUGCUGUCCCUCUGCUGCAAGUGCUGGGGGGCUGCAGGUCCCCUGGGCUGAGCUCUCUGCUGUCCCUCUGCUGCAAGUGCUGGGGGGCUGCAGGUCCCCUGGGCUGAGCUCUCUGCUGUCCCUCUGCUGCAAGUGCUGAGAGGCUGCAGGUCCCCUGGGCUGAGCUCUCUGCUGUCCCUCUGCUGCAAGUGCUCCUCUUGCAAUUAAAUGAUUCUGGUUUGCUCA